CAGGCCCUCGGGACCUAGCCAGCGCCUGCGCAGUCCCCAGAGCGCCGGGACCGGGAUGGCUGCCGUUUUGGAGUCGCUGCUGAGGGAGGAGGUGUCGGUCGUGGCCGCCGUGCGGUGGGUCGCGCGCCGGCCCCAGGGUUUGGAGGAGAGCCCGGGCGAGGCGGCCGCGCUGCGCGCGCUCCAGCCGCUACGGAAGGACUUCGUACCGUUCCUGCUGAACUUCCUGCGCGAGCAGAGCGGCCGCGUCCUCCCACAGGGUCCGCCGACCCCCGCCAAGGCCCCGGGCGCCGCGGCAGCCCUGCCCGGAAGGCCGGAGGGCCCGGCGCGGGGCGGCCGCGGAGCGCGCAGCCAGCUCUUCCCCGCGCCCGAGCCCCCGGCCGCCGCCACUGAGGCCCCGCUUGCCCGCCGCGGGGGCCGGAGAAGGGGUGCGGGGCCGGGCCGCGAGCGCGGGGGCCGCGGGGCCCCGGAGGACGGGAGCGGCGGGGACAGCCCGCCCUGGGCCGGUGCCCGGAGGCCGAGGGGCGCUGGCAGCCCCGGCCGGGCGCUCUCGGAUCCGCCGAACCUCAGCAACCUGGAGGAGUUCCCUCCCGUAGGCUCGGUGCCCCCCGGGCCCGCAGGCAGGACGAAGCCUUCACGCAGGAUCAACCCAACUCCGGUGAGCGAAGAGCGGUCACUGUCCAAGCCCAAGACCUGCUUCACCUCACCCCCAAUCAGCUGUGUCCCCAGUUCCCAACCCUCAGCCCUGGACACUAGCCCUUGGGGCCUUGGCCUUCCCCCAGGGUGCAGAAGUCUGCAGGAGGAGCGGGCGAUGCUCAGGAAGGAGCGCUCUAAGCAGCUGCAGCAGUCACCAACCCCAACUUGUCCCACCCCAGAGUUGGGACCCCUCAUCCCCAGCCGGACAGGAAGCCUCGCAGCAGAAGCCGCUGACCCUGCACGAGUGUCCUCCCGCAAGCGCCUGGAGGUGGUGGCCCUUGUCUACUCCUCCUGCAUUGCUGAAAAUCUGGUACCAAACCUCUUCUUGGAGCUUUUCUUCGUCCUUCAGCUCCUUACUGUCCGGAGAAUGGUGGCUGCCAAGGACAGUGAUCUUGAACCAAGUCAAGAUUCCCUGGAAAGCCCGCUGUUCCAGAGCAUCCAUGACUGUGUCUUUUUCGCGGUCCAGGUUUUGGAGCAUCAGUUUCAGGUUCUUUCUUACCUGGACAAAGGGACCUUAAAGCUGCUAGCUGAGAAUGAGCGGCUGAUGUGCUUCUCCCCGGCUCUGCAAGGCCGCCUUCGAGCUGCGUAUGAGGGCAGCGUUGCCAAGGUCUCUCCGACAAUGACACCCUCUGCUCAAGCUGUCUCCUUUCAGCCAGAGACUGACAAUCGUGCCAAUUUUUCCAGUGACCGGGCCUUUCAUACUUUUAAAAAACAGAGGGAUGUGUUCUAUGAAGUGCUUCGAGAGUGGGAAGAUCGCCAUGAAGAGCCUGGCUGGGACUUUGAGAAGGGAUUGGGCAGCAGGAUCAGAGCAAUGAUGAGUCAGCUCUCUGCAGCCUGCAGCCACAGCCACUUCGUUCGGCUUUUCCAAAAACAACUUCUUCAGAUGUGCCAGAGCCCUGGUGGUGCUGCGAGCUCUGUCUUGGGUGAGGCCCCAGAUGUGUUGAACAUGCUGGGAGCUGACAAGCUGGGACGCCUACGGAGGCUCCAGGAACGACUCGCAGCCCCUCCAAGUAGUGGGGGGCCCUGCCCACCCCCCACCUUCCCAGGCUGUCAAGGUUUCUUCAAGGACUUCAUCCUAAGUGCCAGCAGCUUCCAGUUUAAUCAACAUCUCAUGGAUAGCCUGAGCCUGAAGAUCCAGGAGCUCAAUGGCCUCCCACUGCCUCAGCAUGAGCCUGGGGAUGAAGAUGGGGAGUCGGAUGUGGACUGGCAGGGUGAACGGAGGCAGUUUGCUGCGGUCCUUCUUAGUCUGAGACUUCUGGCUAAAUUUCUGGGCUUUGUGGCUUUCCUGCCAUACCGGGGCCCUGAACCACCUCCAAGCCGGGAACUUCAGGACUCCAUUGUGGCCCUCAGGAGCCAGGUUCCUCCUGUCCUGGAUGUGCGCGCACUGCUGCAGCAGGGGCUGCAGGCCCACCGGGCAGUGCUCACCGUGCCCUGGCUGGUGGAGUUCCUGUCCUUUGCUGACCACAUUGUCCCCUUGCUGGACUACUACCGGAGUGUCUUCACUGUCCUGCUACGCCUCUACCGGAGCUUGGUGUUAUCACAGGAGGGUGAAGGAGAGAUGUGUUUCCUGAACAAGCUGCUACUGCUGGCUGUUCUAGGCUGGCUUUUCCAGAUUCCCACAGUGCCUGAGGACUUCUUUUUUUUGGAAGAGUGUCAGGUAGAUGCCUUUGAGGUGGACACAGCUGCUUCGGAGCAUGGUUUGGACAGCGUGCCUGUGGUGGAUCAGCAGCUGCUGUACACCUGCUGCCCCUACAUCGGAGAGCUCCGGAAACUGCUCGCUUCAUGGGUUUCAGGCAGCAGUGGACGGAGUGGGGGUUUUGUGAGGAAAAUCACACCCACCACCACCACCAGCCUGGGGGCCCAGCUUCCCCCAAGCAGCCAAGGACUCCAGGCACAGCUCGCCCAGGCCUUUUUCCACAACCAGCCUCCUUCACUGCGCAGGACUGUGGAGUUUGUGGCAGAGAGAAUUGGGUCAAACUGUGUCAAACACAUCAAGGCAACGCUGGUGGCAGAUUUGGUACGCCAAGCAGAGUCACUUCUCCAAGAGUACCGAGUGGCACAAGGCCAGGAAGGGGGAGAUCCAGCCCAGCUGUUGGAGAUUCUGUGUUCCCAGCUGUGCCCCUCUGGGGCCCAUGCAUUAGCCCAGGGGCGGGAGUUCUGCCAAAGGAAGAGCCCCGGAGCUGUACGGGCACUGCUUCCAGAGGAGACCCCAGCAGCUGUUCUAAGCAGUGCAGAGAGCAUUGCUGUAGGGUUGGCCACCGAGAAGGCCUGUGCAUGGCUGUCUGCCAACAUCACAGCGCUGAUUAGGAGGGAGGUGAAAGCGGCUGUGAGCCGCACACUUCGAGCCCAGGGUCCUGAACCGGCUGCCCGGGGGGAGCGGAGGGGCUGCUCCCGCGCCUGUGAGCACCACGCUCCCCUCCCCUCCCACCUCAUCUCCGAGAUAAAAGAUGUGCUCUCGCUGGCCGUGGGGCCCCGGGACCCUGACGAGGGAGUGUCCCCAGAACACCUGGAGCAGCUCCUGGGCCAGCUUCGCCAGACACUGCGGUGCCGCCAGUUCCUGUGCCCUCCUGCUGAGCAGCAUCUGGCCAAAUGCUCUGUGGAAUUAGCGUCCCUCCUGGUUGCAGACCAGAUCCCCAUUCUGGCUGCCCCACACCGGCUAGAGCGGGGACAGGCACGGAGGCUUCUGCUCAUGCUGCUUUCUCUGUGGAAGGAGGACUUCCAGGGGCCAAUUCCCCUGCAGUUGCUGCUGAGCCCAAGAAAUGUGGGGCUUCUGGCCGACACUCGGCCACGAGAGUGGGACCUGCUGCUGUUCUUGCUACGGGAGCUGGUAGAAAAGGGUCUGAUGGACCGAAUGGAGAUUGAGACCUGCUUGGGCAGCCUCCAUGAGACUCCGUGGCCAGGGGACUUCCCUGAAGAAUUGGCAACACUGUCUCGCCUGUUUUUAGCUGAGCUCCACCUGCCAGAACCCCAGCUAAGAGCUUGUGAGUUGGUGCAGCCAAGCAGGGGAACAGUGCUGGCCCAGAGCUAGGGAUCCUGCCUGUACCUCAGGAGGAGACCUGGGGACUCACUGAGGCUGAGAAGUGGAUUUUGCAGCCAGACUUCCUGCCCAGAAGGGAAGGAAGCGUGUGGCCCCAGUGUGGCUCACAGACUAGGCUUGCAGCCAGAUCCUGGAGGAGAAGCCUUGGGCUCCAGUCCUGAGUGGAAGAACUGGGAUUUCUAGGAUGCUGAAUGUACUGAGAGGAGCCUGCUCAACACGGUGCACAGGCUCAGCAUCUCUGAAAUCUGUGAUCCUGGGGAGGCGUGACAAGGCAAAUGACUUCUGCUUAACUUGUGAAGAAAGUUAAAACAUGGACCUUGGGAGGCCACAUUUUAGCACCAGGAACUGGACUACCACGUGUACCACGGAGAAGGCAGGACCACUGGCUGGAACCUGCUGUGAUCUGGACCUUCGCUCUGUGCAGGUGUUAACUUUUUAAACCCUGUCUCCAUCCAGGGACCAAAGACAGGGCAGAACUUUGAGGUUUUUGUUUAUUUUUAAAUAAACUUUUAACAAGGGCUUGA